UCGUCAGGACAACUCUAACGGUUUCCUGCAGUGUCCUCUCUGGGUUCAUCUCAUCUCCGUAUCCAUCCACCAUGUCGCUCUCUGUUCGCACUACGUCCUCCAGGUCCCAAGGUCCCAAGACCGUGACCUCAAAGUCCAUAAUCACCAAGAGUCGUGGCUGUUCGACAGUCUUUCCGCAAAAGGCCUACAGCGUGUAUGGAGGUUGUUAUGGUGGAAACACCCGCAUCUCUUCCUCCUUGCUGCAUUCCAGAAUUGGAGGCGGUGGAGCAUAUGGUGGAGCAUAUGGUGGAGGAUAUGGUGGAGGAUAUGGUGGAGGAUAUGGUGGAGGAUACGGUUUUGGUGGAGGAUACGGUGGAGGAUAUGGCAUAUUGCCUGGAGGCUGCGUUGUAACUGACUUCCAGCUGAAUGAGAAGGCCACCAUGCAGAACCUGAACGACCGUCUGGCGUCCUACCUUGACAAGGUGCGCUCCCUGGAGGCUGCCAAUGCCAUUCUGGAGAGGCAGAUCCGCGAGUACUAUGAGAAGAAGGGGCCGAUUGCACAGAGGGACUACAGUGCCUACUGGAACACCAUCAGUGACCUGAAGGACAAGAUUAAAAAUGCUACCAUCCACAACGCCAACGUCCUCCUGCAGAUCGACAACUCUAGACUGGCUGCUGAUGACUUCAGGGUGAAAUAUGAGCAUGAGGUGGUGAUGCGUCAGUCUGUGGAGGCUGACAUCGCUAACCUGCGUCGCUUGCUGGACCAGACGAACCUGGCAAAGGCCGACCUGGAGAUGCAGAUCAAGAGUCUGCAGGAAGAGCUGGCAUUUAUGAAGAAGAACCACCAGGAGGAGCUGGCUGCACUGAGGUCUCAGCUGACAGGCACAGUGAACGUAGAGGUUGAUGCUGCUCCUCAGCAAGACCUGAACAAGAUUCUGGAGGAGAUUCGUGCUCAUUACGAAAACAUCAUACAGAAACACCGCAGGGAACAGGAAACCUGGUUUAAAAACCAGACUGAACCCUUGACCAAAGAGGUGGCCCACAGCACAGAGAUCAUACAAACGUCCAGGUCACAGAUCACAGAGCUGCGAAACACCUUGCAGAGUCUGGAGAUCGAGCUGCAGUCUCAACUCAGCAUGAAAGCAGCACUGGAGAACUCACUAGCAGAAACAGAGGCUAGGUACAGUGCUAUGCUAGCAGGCUACCAGAACCAAAUCAACAUACUGGAAGCUGAGCUGUGUCAAAUGCGGGCUAGCAUUGAGCAACAGGGACGAGACUACGCCUUGUUGCUGGACAUCAAGAGCCGUCUGGAGCAGGAGAUCGCCACCUACAGGAACCUUUUGGAAAAUCAGGACUUUAAGACCCAAAUACCAGGUGGAGCUAUCAUUAUCUCAGGCGGAUCUCACUCUGUCUCCUCAGGUGGAUCUCACACUGUCUCAUCGGGUGGAUCUCACUCUGUUUCCUCAGGUGGUUCCCACACAGUCUCAACUGGUGGACCAACUAUCCAAAUAAAGCAAACCACCACCACUUCACACCGUACUUACUAAAGACAGAGCAUGCUGCUUUGUAAGACAGUAUUCAACACAUGCACACAUUUAAUUUAAAAUGAGUGUUAAUACACAUCAUUUGCGAUAUGACGAAGAACAAGGAAACAAGUGUUAUUUUUAAAAGCAUUGAAAGACACUUACUGUUGUGUUUUUGUGUGAAAGAAUAAAAACUGUCUCUGAAAAUAAAAGCGCUGUCAACAAUUA